AUGGGCCUGAGCUUGGAUAUCUGCCGCCUCGUCGGAGCAACAGCGCUCGCUCCCGACUCCAUUGUCAUCUUCUCCGUCGACCUCGAUGGUGUCCGGCGAGAGCAUAUUGACGGGGUGGACCUCCGGCGAGGACGAAGAAAGACAGGUAUGGUGUCUGAGGAAGGCCAGAUCUAUUCCAGCAAGGUGGUCGUCGGCUAUGGCGGUCGGCGGUGGACGGCGACAAGCGGAGUAAGGUGGUGUUGCUGGUGGCGGACGGCGGCGCAGCGGAUCCGGUUUUGCUGUGAUGAGCUGUGGUCGGGCUGUGGGUUGGAAUCGACGAACUGGUGGUCGGGUGGUGAUGAACUGCCGGCGGGUGUCGGGGAGAGAAAGUGCCUGGAGAGACGACAGGCUCGCGAUAAGGAUGUGUACUACGAUGUUCGCGUGAUAAAUGGCUUCUCAAACAACUCAUCUGUACCGUUGGUUGUUUGGUGCGUGUCUCGUGAGACGGGUGACAUUGGUGGAAGGGCCCUUCAAGAACGAGACGAUUACAGCUGGGAUGUCGAGCCUUCCGCCUUCUGGAGUAUUCGUGAUCAUGAGUUUGUGUGCACCGUCAAAUGGGACCGAACCAGGAAAAGUUUCAAAGCAUUUGACGGAAGUCGAGAUAGGUAUAAGUGCGGCCCACGCAGACUUUGCCUUUGGAUGGUUAAAGAGGAUGGUUUUUAUUUCAGUAAUGAUGGGGUUCAAUGGAUCAAAGAUUUUCCAUGGAUGUAA